CACGGCACAGACAUGCAACCCACCACCAACUUGUACUUAUAAAACCUACUUUCCGUCCUAGUCCCGUGCAGCUCCCUGCGCAUCACCUCCUUCUUUCAAUUACCAAGAAAGUAGUCCAUCAUUUGACCAGAACAUGAAAGCCUCGUACUUCUGUGUCGUCUUUCUUCUUCCUUUCUUCCUAAAACUCGGCUCAGUCACUGCUGGCCAUGCUUACUGCGGGCCUAUCCCCGCUACUGACGCGGAGCUGAUCCACGUCGCGAUGAACUUGGAGUUCUUGGAGGCCGAGUUCUUCCUCUACGGCGCGCUUGGCAAAGGGCUCGACAGCGUCGCGCCUUACCUGGCUCUGGGCGGCCCACCCCCCAUUGGCGGCAAGAAGGCCAACCUCGACCCUCUCGUGCAGCAGAUCAUUGAGGAGUUUGGUUACGAGGAAGUCGGCCAUCUCAGGGCAAUUUAUACAACAGUAGGUGGAAUUCAAAGGCCGCUAAUAGACAUCAGUGCUAAGAAGUUUGCCAUGAUAGUGGAUUCAGCUCUUGGGCACAGAUUGUGGCCUCCGUUUGACCCAUACCUGUCGUCGGUCAACUAUCUCUUGGCUUCGUAUCUCAUCCCCUACGUGGGAUUAACUGGUUAUGUUGGUACCAUCCCCAACCUUUCCAACUACACCACCAAAGCCCUAGUGGCCGGGCUCCUGGGAGUGGAAUCCGGUCAAGAUGCGGUGAUUCGGGCGCUACUCUACGAGCGGGCCCAUGAGAAGGUCGUGCCGUACGACGUCACGGUGGUGGAGUUCACCAACUUGUUCUCCAUCCGGAGGAACAAGCUCGGCAUGUGUGGGAUCAAGGACGAGGGCAUCAUCGUACCCCCGGUGCUCGGCGCCGAGCAGCGAAUCGACACCAACGUGCUGUCCUCGAACAAGGCGUCCCUGUCUUAUCCGAGGACGCCGCAGGAGGUCCUAAGGGUCGUGUACGGGACGGGGAACGAGCAUGUCCCCGGCAGGUACUUCCCUCACGGCGCGAAUGGAGAGGUCGCCAGGAGAUUCUUGGAGAAGAAAGCUUAGGGAAAGUCAUGUAUUAUGUAUGGUUGUGGAGUGGUUUGAAUUAGUUAAAUAAUUGGGCUUUGUUUGCUAAUUAAUAGCUUAUACCCAGUCUGAUGAGACUUUCGCGUUCA